GGGCAACGACGUAAUUACGUUACUCUCGAGUCCCUCUUUCGUGUGCAACCACUAGGGUUUGUAAUCGCCUGCUAUUUAAUGUUCUGUGUGCCGCCGCUAGGGUUUGUAGGCCUCUCUGCUUGGGUUCUCACGGAAAUGGCUCCUCCUCAGCCAAAGACCGGUCUCUUUGUGGGGCUUAACAAAGGGCACAUCGUCACCCGAAGGGAGUUGCCUCCUCGACCUUCAAGCAGAAAAGGGAAAACUAGCAAGCGGGUUCACUUUGUCAGGAGCUUGAUCAGAGAGGUUGCUGGUUUUGCGCCAUAUGAGAAAAGGAUCACUGAACUUUUGAAAGUUGGGAAGGACAAACGAGCCCUAAAAGUUGCAAAAAGAAAGCUUGGCACACAUAAGAGGGCAAAAAAGAAAAGAGAGGAGAUGGCAAAUGUUCUUCGGAAGAUGAGGUCCGCUGGAGUUAGCGACAAGAAGAAAUGAUAGACCCUUCGCAAGGCUACAAUUCAGUAUUAUGCUGCCGUUUUUUUUCUUCUUGUUUUUGCACUUUAUUUUAGCAAUUGAUCUGCCUUUUCCCUUCAGAAUUGUAGUCGUAGCGAUUUGAAAAAUCUCCUGUAUGUGGUGUCCUUGACAGGUGUAUCCGUUUUCAGCGUAUUUUUAGUGAACCAAUUAAUUAAUCA